AUAUUCCUUCGCCUGCCCGUCACUGAGCUUACGUGCUAACUUUGAACCUUGUGCCCUUUACAUAUAUUGAUUUGUGUGCGGACAUACACGAAUGUUGCUCGCCUGAACGAAAAGACUCUCAACACCAGCUAAGCUCGUUCGUCAGUGACCUACUCCCACUGGCCUCCUUACGGCGCUGAAUAUCUUGGGGUUGCAUCGCUUCAAAGGUCGAGCCGCUGUGUAGCCAAGUUAUAGGAUGGCCCACCAGGCAGGCCAAGGGCCUUCGCGGAGCGCUGGUGGGAGAGCUGUCGCUGCACAAACACAAACAGCCAGCAGCGCCAAACCUCGGAGGGCGCCCCUUCGAGCGACCUCGCAAUGCAUUAUUGUGACAGCACUUGUAUGCAUGACCACUCUAGCCAACGCAGCCUUCAUGCCCUUUGAAGGUCGGCUGCUGGUGCUCAACGAGCCGCGCAAGGCCGACAAGCUCGUGGCAUCGCCCACCUUUGCUUUCUAUUAUCCCGACGACUACUUUGUCUACCAGAUUAAGUGGCAGGGCGUGGCGCCGCCAGAUGCCUUCUACAAGACCGGUGACGCCAUCCGCCUGGUUGUGGACCUGGACGCCUCGGGCACCAUCCCCAACCCCAACGAGAACCCCUCGGCCGGGCCGCCCGGGCUGCUGGUGGUGAUUGCCUGGGAGCCGAUGGUGUUUGGCACCCCCGCCAGCGAGCCUCUGGGCCAGUCGCCGCUGCGUGCGGCGGUGUGGGUGGUCACCUCCGUGUGCGGCAGGCCGGUGCAGGGAGGCAUGAGCGUGCAGGAGGUUGAGGAGAUCAUCUUCGGACCGCCGCCCGGCGCCGCCGGCACCUCCACCUCCACCCGCGCCACUGCCCUGCCCCGCACCAGCCUCAGCCGCCUCCUCGACACCUGCUCCGCCGGCGUGCUCGCCGCCUCCGUGUACGACAUCUUUAGCGGCGGCGUGCCCGCGCCCGCCGGCGGCGGCGCCAUCAGCCGUGCCGGCAGCAUUGUGAAGGCGCUGGAGCUGCCGUGUGAGGGCUACAGCGGCACUGGCGCGGCGUGGAGUGCGAGGCCCAACAGCGCCUGCGGCUGGAACGAGCUGUGGGGGUGGCUGGAGUAUGCGCGCGACAGCACGCCCGAGCUGGGCCAGUUCGGGACCAGCGACUUCCCUCGCUUCCUUCGCCAGCUGCUGGUGCUGCCGCCGCCCACCGGGUCAGGCUGGCCCGUGUGCAAGGCCUGGCAGCAGCGGGGCAGCCUGGGCUGUGACGCGGGGGCGGGCUGCGCCAUGUGGGUCAAGGCUGACCGCGCCAAUCUGUUGGAGUGGGCGGCCACCCAGUUCGGAGCCAGCCUCACGCUGCGGCCGGCGGCGGCGGGGCUGGUGGCGGGGCAGCGGCCGGUGGCGGGGGGAGACCCCAGCGACCCGCUGGGCUCGCCGGAGGGCGGAUACAGGUGCUUCAACGCGCCUCACGCCUACAAGCUGGGGUUCGCCUCUGCGGUGAGCACCUUCGACGCCACCAACCGCGCCUUCAUUGAGAGCAACCCCACCCAGGUACUGCUGCCCGCCUCCACCACCAACCCCGUCAACACGCUGGUCGUCAACCCCACCUGGCCGCCCUUCCCGCCGCCCGCCGGGCCGCCGCCGCCGCAGCCGCCGGUGCUGUACGGGCAGUAUCGCAGCCGCCUGGACGGAGACGCGGGCCUGGCGCCGUCUGUGCGCGAGCGGCUGCUGUUGCACACGCUGAACGCCACGCUGGACGUGAGCUCGGGCGCCCUGGGCACCCAGCAGCCCAGCCCCUCGCCCGUGCUGGUGGCGGCGCUGCAGCCGGGCCAGCUGUACCGCUACACAGCCGGCCGCGUGGUGGUCAAGUUUGAGGGCCUGCAGCCGCCCGUCAACGGCGGCGCCUCCGACCCGGCGGGAGUGGUGGGCGGCGUGGCGCGCGUGACCGUGUGCGGCUACCGGUUCACGGUGGAGAGCGGCGUGGAGGGCGGCUGCUACAACGGCCUGGAUGACGAUUGCGACGGCCUGGUGGACGACCAGGAUCCAGACUGCGCCUAGUGGGGAGUGGUCGUCUUCACCUUAUUUAGGAAGAGCCAAAGACACGAGCACGCAGGACAAAGGCGGGAGCGCGCAAGUGCUGGCCUGGUCGUGGACGCCGGCGUGUUUGACACGGACACGGGGAACUGGGUGUUUGACUGGCUGGGUGACGGUUGGUGGGCGAGGGGAGAUGUGUGGGGUGCCAAGCUGGGGAGUGCAUAGGUGAGGCGGCAUUGGGCAGUGGAAUGCGACGGGGCACAAGGGGGCGCGCGGCGGGAUGGGUUUUGCGACACGCCCCUGGCGAUGUGCGGCAGGAGGGAGGCGGGGUCGGGGGCAGCGGGAUGAACAGGAAGAAAUCGGGCGAAGCAAAUGUUGGGGCUCUGCUGUCGGGCCUCCGUAGCUGAAACUUGAAAGCGCUACUAGAUGCGUUGACUCCGUUGAUUGCUGGCGUUGCUCCAAUUGUUGAAUACAUAUAUAACGAAGUAGUAGUAAAGUGCGAUGCUGUGCCGGCUACCCGGAUUGCAAACCUAAAGCUACAUCGCUGCAGCCUAAUCACUUUGGGCUCUUAGUCAUGCCAUCUGGUCAUUAAUGAUGCGACAUGGGCGUACGCCUGCCCGUGCGCCUGGUGCUGCAAGGGUGGUUUAAAGCAUGGCUUGGCCCGGCUGCGUGCUAAUUAGGGGCAGACACGAUUGCGAGCCUGGACUGUUGUGUGUGAUUCCGGCGGGGAUUCAUUUUGACCACAUGAACACCCACGCGCAGCGUGCAGUAGGUGCGUGUGCGCUGCAGUGCAUCCAGGCUCCAAGCAGCCCGCAGCGUGGGCACGCCACGCAAUCCUCAUGAGUGGCCCGUGCGACAGCGUGUGGCCGGCGGCGGUUUGCUGCUCCGGGCAUUGGGCAGGGUGGGCUGGUUGGGCUGUGACUGCGACCGGACGUUGGCUGUACAUAUACGUUGGUGUGCGUAGUUCGUGUUGGACGGGCCCGACCGGACGGCAACAUGCGCGCCGCGCCUUGUGGAGGCACGUGCGCGGUUUGCCUUACUAGGCUUCCUACCGUACAUUGAUAAGAACAUAUGAUAGAUUGUCUCCGUUCGGACCACAUCAGAUGUAAAACAGAGCCAGC